ACCACCGAACUGAUCGAGUGAAAAUUCAGAGCUUCCGCGUCGCGAAAAGUUGCCGACAAACUUUCACUUAUACCAAGUACCGUUUUUUUAGAGUUACACGUACGAUGCGGAACAUUUGGACUUUUGGAUUAAUGAAUAUCUAAGGAAUCCGGCGAAGACGCGAAGCGUAUUGUGGUUUGGGAAAAUGGAGACUUUAAUGGCGAAGGUCGCGCGAUUUUCAUCAACCCGAAAUAUGUUCAAACUUGGGACGACGUUCUCAGCAUCUUGACGGACGUUUUGCGACCGAAAGGUGGCUCAGUCAGCAAGUUGGUAAACUUGAGGAGCGAAGAAGUUGUUGAAUCCUUCGAACAGUUGGAAUCAAACGGGAGAUAUGCUGCGGUGAUCGAUCCAAAUAUGAAGCUAUCUAUAUCACGGUUCAAGACCUUAAGCCAAGGACGCGGAUUAGAUCGGACAAGACGUCUUCCGGAAAAGGUCGAUGCGGGAGUCGCAGACCGGGAAACUCCGACAUACGAGAUGUGCCGAAACGUUGCAUUAACGCAGACGGAAGUAGUCGCUAGGGGCGGGGCGUUGACUCAUCAUCCUGCGGGGUGUUUCUGCGGUCCUGAAGCAUGCGAUAGUGGGCAUUCACAAAGAAAAGGUGGAUAAAAAGACACAAAACGAACAAUUGGUGCGCAGUAAUUCCAACGGUCAAUUAUCAGUCCAAUCUAUGGGCAGUCAAGUGAAGGUCAUAAGAACUGAAUCGCGUACUAAAAUGUACACCCCGUACGGCACUAUAGAGUCAAAGGUUCAGUGUGCCAUUCCGCUUAAAUCAAAAAUAUGUCGUAAUCGUAAGGACUCAAAACAAAGAAACAACCCAGACAUGAAUAACACCCGAAUAGCUCAGAAGUCUUUGAAAUUAAAAUUUUGCUCCGAAAAAUGCGGUAGACGAGCCCAAAUCGGCAUACCAGACGCUGCGCAACUAUUGUGCAAAUGCCAGCCAGAAAACCAGAUGUUUCCGACGAGGGAAUCCAAAAAAUUGGAAACUAAUUCAAGAGCUCAGAGUAAAUCCAGAGCUGAGGCCGAAAAAAUCGAUAAGGAUUUGGAAGCUGCGCAAUAUGAGUCACAGACCGAUAACUAUCUGGACCAGUCGACAACCCACAGCAUCAUAGAUAUCGCGAAUGGUGAAACGCAAGAUGAGGUUGGUAAUAAACAGCAUAAGGAGCACUGCGUAGACGCCGAGAAAAUUGAUAAGGAUUUGGAUGCGAAAAGCGUAUCAAUCGUUCUAGAAGCUGAGCAAUAUGAGUCACAGACCGACAACCAUUUGGACGGGUCGACAACGCACAGCAUUAUCGAUAUCCCGAACGGUGAAACUCAAGAAGAAGAUCCAUCCGAAAACGUUUCGACAUACGAGGAUCAAAGUGUAGACCAUAAGGAUGAAUCUGAAACCAAAGCUUCUGUUCUGACAGAGGAACCUAAUGUCGCAUCGGAACAUGGUGCUAUCAGUAGCCUAAAGACAGACAGAGCAGAGUCCAAUGUCACCGAAAUGCAUAUCCUAAAUACAAACAAUCACUCGGAAAAUCUCGAAAAUCUCACAGGCAAGGUUGAAGAAGCAGGUGCCACUCAGCAGUCUCUAGAAUCGCCCGCCAUUAGCAUUGUCAAUGCAGAAACAGACCAAAACGUGAUGAUCGUAGACUCGCACGUAAAGAAAUCUGUUGUUGACUUUGCGAUUCAUAUGAACAGUGAACCCGAAAAUCAACUGGAACAACUCGCGGAUGAAUUGGUUCGAGUUGUAAAGGCCCACAGAAGUACUAUACAAUCAAGGUAUGCUUUAAAAGAGAAAGUAAUUUCAUGUGCAGAGUCGCUAUUGAAAAUUAUGCAUCCGGUAAAUAAUGAUUCACAUGAGUCUGAAGUAACUCAAGGGUCUGAUGCAGAAAGACGAGGUAGCUCGAAAUUAAAACCGAUGGUACUUUCCCAUGGUCCGUCUGCACUGGUUCUGGUCAAGCAAUUACUAGAAGAGAUACACCUACGAUCUGAUGUGAAGAGAGAAUUGGAACUUAUUUGGGAAAAUAAAGAUAGAAGUGGAAGCAUGGACAAAUCAUCCCAAGUUUUUGUUAAGUUAAUAGCCGACAUGCUUGCAAGCACACGAAAAGAUAGAAGGUCGAGCUCGUUGAGUUACAUUGACUUAGAUCAUACGGUGUUGAAGUCGAGUAAAGUUAGAGAAAGCGCGAGUCUUUUUAUGGCCGAAUACCUAACGGAAGGGAAAUCAAUUACCGACUUCACAUUUUGGAGUUUUUUACCACGGGUGUUUCACGAUUACGUAGUCGAUAACAUUUUCCCUAUUCCGCAAUUCGCUAAUGAACUGGUCGAACAAAUAUCCGAUUCGCUGGGGAAUACCAUAAAACUAUCAUCCGAAUUGAACGAGACGCAGAAGAAAACUGCUCUGGACUACAUCAACAGCUCCAAGUCUGCAGUCGAGCAAUUCAUCAAAAAUUUCCUUUGUUAUUGUUUAGAUGACGAUGAAGUAGUACAGAAUGUUAUCGAAGUCGGGCGAUUUGUGGAUGCCAACAUUCAUCAAUCGAGUGAGAUGUUAGAUAAUUUUUUGCAGGAGCUUGCCGACAAUAUUAUAUGCGGGAUGUACAAAAAGAAGCAGGAGAUAUUUGCAAAAACCGCCGCCCUGCUGGACUACGUCGCUAAAGAGAUUUUUGUUGAACUGGAACGCUUGUGGCCUAAAGCUACAUAUGCUUCCCAACUCAUCCAACAAAAUCUUACUCUCAAGGUGACUUUUGUAAACUUCGUUACAGAAUUUUUUACAAGAUUGGAAAGGGAAGAGCGUUACCUCGAAGAAGUGUUAGUAAAUUUCUUAGCCGAUUUGGUGUGUGAGAUGAAAUGGAGCCGUGACAAUCCGGAGAGGGAGAACUACCUCCAAGAAACUUUUGAACAUCUGGUAGGGGAACUGCAGAAACCAAUGAUUCUGCGCUCGCAAAAGGGAAGAAAUCAAAUAAAGGAGUUAAUUUUUGAUAUAGUACAAGAAGCAACAGCCGCAGUGCGGAUGAUAAAAAAAUCUGAAAACAAGCGUAACUCUGAAGGCGAUGAUGUCUCCAGUGGAUGGCAAGCCGAUGUUUCGGAUGCUUCGACUGACAAUUUGCCAAUCUUAGGACGCCCUUUUUAUUGGGCAAGCCACGCUAUGGACAAAAAUGCAUCAGGGCGAAAAGGAAAAGACCCGCAUCUCAGCUCCAUUUAUCACUCCAAAGAUACCGAUAGCAAUUCUACCCUAAAUGAGAUGGUGCUUCGCGUUGUCAAUGGUGUACCUAUCGAAAUGGAUCUCUCGACACUGGAAGUGCAUAUCAAAAAUGCGGUACGAGAAGUUCUAACAGAUCUGCGGGCGACAAUAUUGGAAUCGUGUUCUUGCUCGAAGUUGAAGCAUGAUCCGGCGGAUCGUGCUGAGUAAACGGGUUAUAUUUUGGCGUCAAUAAAAUCGUAGAUUAACCUAUCGAGAGGAUCUUCUCUGUGAAAUAUGAACAGCGAUCGAAAGUGCCAUUAUCUCGUCGCAUAGUGCAAGAAACAUCGAAAACCAUGGCUAAUCUAUCCAACAACUUU